AUGGCGUUAUCACCGCCUAGAAGCAAGCUUUUCGAGGCGCAUGCAAACUCCGCGGCCGUUUGGCAGGCUGAUCUCAAGAAACUGUUCCACCAUGCCAAAGAGCGCUACGCAGAUGUAAUGUGGGAGGUAUCAGACGGUGAUGAUGCCCCUAUAGAAGAAGUAUACGGCCACAAAGCUAUUGUAUACGCUCGGGCACCUAUGAAGUUUCAGGCGUCCUAUUUUUCCUUUCGACCACGACCUCCAGCUACCCCGGACCCAUACGAUGAUGGUUACGGCCCAGAUCAGUCUACCUUUUCUCUGCAAAUUGAACCUUCUUCCCCCUUGGACAGCGUGAUGCAAGACUUUGAUCGGAUACGGGGUGGCUCCCCGUCGCAAAAUGAAGACGGCAUUCUCAGACUCAACACCUCACUCAAUCCAGCUCUCUUCUCCAAUCAACUAGAGUACCUAUACACUGCACAGGGUAUGGGCCAAGCAUUUGAAUGGCUCUUUGAGCCCGAAACACAUGAUUUAGAGGAAUCAGAAGAGGAGCGCCUAGACAAGCUGCGCAAGGAUUUAUGCUACAUGUGGAGAUCUAGGCUCUUUGCCGACGUUAGAAUAGCCCUCGUCGGCGACUUUCGAAAAUCAGAUGUUCCACAAGACGAAGACACGGCAGUCGUCUUCUUCAGCCACCGCUUCAUACUCGUCUCUCGCUCCCCAUACUUUCAUAAAGCCCUACAGGGCUCCUUCCAGGCCCCUUCUCUCCCUCUUGAUGGAACGCUUCUGACACUCCAAUUGCCCUCCACCGCUUUCACCCCGGCUUCCCUUCACUGGGCACUGGGCUUCAUGUACGCUGGUACUCUCAACUUUUCACAUAGGACCUUUGAUCUCGACACUGCGUUUGCCAUCUAUCGGUCCGCGCAGUAUCUCAUCAUGGCGACCAUGAGAGUGGAAAUCGAAGCGUACAUCAUCGAGGAGAUGCUGCAUGGACUCUUCCACGCCUACCUCACUCUUGCCGAAUAUGAAAAAAUCACUGCGGGGAAGUGGGGUGUUGGAGGAUGCCGAUGUCGACAAUGUCAACGGCGUGUUCCGCGCGUGCUCGAAUUCGCCCAGUCUCCCGAUAUCGGGAACAAGACACUAGACAGAGGAGCGAUGCGCGGUCUCCGAAUUCGCUGCCCUGUCCACCAAGACGCGCGCACUCGUGCUCAAUGGCUUGAAGAAACGAACGACGCCUCAGAAUAUCUUUCCACUUUGUUUGCGUCUGAAGCCGCCCUCGCAAAGCUCGAUGUCAUCAAUGACUCGUGGCGGGAUUCGGUCCUCGACCUCGUCACGCGAGCGCAGAAGAAUAUCGAUGAAGUCUUGUGUGACUUUAGCGAAAAGUGCUUUGAGCAGCAAGAGUGGCUGGAGAUUAUGGACUCGGAUGGCACGCAGUUCCAGGAUAUGGACAAGGUCGAUUGGAUCAUGAGGAGCGUUGGGCGAGGGCUAAAGGACACCAAUGCGCCGACGGUGUAUCAGACACUCGUCUCGUCAAUUCUGCUACGUCCUCAUCCAACCAAUACGUCGGCCACGCUUUUGCCCAACAACUCUCCGGUCAGGCUGAGGGUGGAGGAAACUCGAAUGGAAGUGAUUCGAUGGCUUAAAAAGCAUUGGAUCAACGUCCGUAUGGUUGGAGGAUUCGAUCAUCUGCAAACAUGGUCUUUGACCGAGAUUGGCCAUGAACUCGAGAUUAGCAUACCAGACUUGAGAUCAGUCGGUUCCAGUUCCAAGGGCGCUGUUACGCGAACCGGGCUUCAUGUCACUGUUCCGAGGGAGAAGCCAGACCCAGACCUCGAAGGAAACGGCGUCACUGCAACUUCGAUGAGAGCCAACGUGCUCAACCGUAAUGCUGCCAGAAUUAGCCCGAGUAUCGCUCGAGAUCCCAAAAAGGACGUGGUCCACUCUGUCACUAUUACCCGCUCUUCCAACGUCUCUCGACCUCGCGAAUCGGCUGUCGAAUCGAAUGCAGAUGAAGAUACGAGAUCUCGCGCAAUCUCAACCUCCUCCUUUGCCUCGUCUAGAACGGGGCCGCCCCCCGAAGUCGCCUCGACAAGCGACAGCACUCCUUCGACCCCAAGAUUACCAGAGGUAUCGUUUUCAAGGUCCAACACGCUGCACUCGGUCACGUCGACAAACGAUACGCAUCAGACGACCAACUCACUACCAUCAGAGCCACCGGCCAGAAGUGUUACUGGACGACGGACUGUGAUGAGUAAUACGACGUCUGCUGCAGAUAGCCCAGCUUCCAGCAGACCGAAAUCGUUGGCCGCCUCUGUCAAGUCGACGACAUCUACCAUUCGCAGAGAGAAAACGUCUCCAACGAGUCCUACGUCGGCAAACGGUUCCAAUGCGGCCAAUAAUACCAUCAAGGCCAAAGCCGAGCCUCGUAGGAGUACCGUCUCGUCCUCCACGACGCCUGCUAUCACGAAACCCACUCCUCGUAGCUCUGUCGCAUCGAAUCUGUCGCGUCCGAGCUCUCGCGUCUCAGACGCCUCGGGCGUUUCUGGCUCUUUUAAGAGUGCCAAAUCGGAGCUCGAGGUACCUCCCGUUCCACGGGCAAGGACCACGUCUCUCGUGUCGACGACGUCGACUGUCAGCACAAGGACGGACAGUGGUGGCAGCAAGACGGCCGGAAAGACGCGAGGGACGCUGACCGUGAGCACUCCAAAGGUGCUUCGUGCUCGCAAGACCUCUGACGCGUCGGUCGUGUCAUCCGCUUCCGUCUCAAAUCAAAAGGGUACCGCGACGCCGAGACGUCCCUCGUCUCAGGCAUCGGUGCGGUCAACUGUAUCCUCUAAAACGACGCCAGUGAAGCGUACAACUCCGCCCAAAGUGCCUGAUGUGCCAUCUGAGGCGCCAAAGCGCGCACCUCGAGUAUCCACGACUCAGGCACCUGCUGUGCGGACGAUAAAGAAAUCACUUACCACUCCUUCGACACCUGCGGUACCCACAACUCCUACUAAACCCAAAGCAGCGGAACCUCUUGUUCCAACAACACCCCCUGUCGUCGUGCACAUUGCAGAGCCCGAUGAACCGUCUACUCCACCACCCCUACCCGCAAAAGAGCCCAAGAGAGAUACUAUCGAAUCGAUUGGUGGCCUCGCUCCGACGUCGCAAAAGGAUAAACGACCAUCAAACACGUCGACCAUUUCCACCAACUCGGGGUCGACGAUCAAAGUUACCCGGAAGCGUUCCAACGAUACCAUUACCGAACUCUCUGAAAAGGAUGUAUCCACGUUGCGUGCAAAGGCGCUAGCCAGGCUGGUUGGCAAUUCGCCGUCCCCCUCACGUCCUACUGCAGCAGAAGCUGUUUCACCUAUUACAUCUCCUCGGGAGCCAGCAUCGCCUACGCCAAGCCAUAGUACUGCGACGUAUAGCCUCGUAGCGUCCCCGCCAUCGUAUGUCACGCCAGUGACAAACACCGCCCAACCAGCGCCAGAGCCCUAUUAUUACCCUCCAGACACGACGCCUCCUGGAAUCACGCUCAAGGUUGGUAUCCCGUGCAUCAUCGUCUCUCGACGUGCCCGGUUCCGCGCGUUUGCACGGUACCUGGGGGAAGUCUUAGGCGAACGCGGGCCAUGGAUUGGCGUGGAAGUGCCACUUGGCGAAUUCUCCGGAACCGAUAAACUCGAGGGACGUGACUGGCAUGACGGGAGCUGGAAUGGAGUGAGGUACUUUGAAAUUCAGAAUGCUGGAUGGGACGACGACGAAAAGGCCAAGCGGCGUCGAAUGGGGGGACCGUAUGGGUAUGGACGGAAGCGGGAUGGGGAGAGUACGCUUUCGGUGGACCAGCGGUCGGCGAGGAUGCGGAGUGCGAGUCCUGCCGUGUCCGAUGUGAGCACGUACGAGUCUAGGGGUCUGUUCGUUCGUCCGCAGCAGGUUCUCUAUGUUCUCGAUGCGCGGGCUGACUACUAG